CACUUGUCAACACAGGAAACCAUCCAUGGCGUAAACAACGAAUAUUGCAAAUGCAUGAUGGAAAGUACGUACGCGAAUGACAACGAAUCUUUCAAGAAAUUUUUAUUGGAUUUUUGUACAAAUGUAAUUGUAGAGACUGAAGAGAGUGAAGACCUUCCUUUUCGACUGGUGAGCAAACAGUUAACUCCAGAUGAGUUGGAAGCCGAGACCUUGGAAUGGAGCAUUCGUUAUUUAUCAAAAUACCACUGUCCACAUACUUUGACAGCAGCAAUAUCCCGGUCUGUCCACAACCUUGUACGGAAUAUUGACGUCAGUGAACUUCAGGAAUCCAAGACAGAAGAGGUGAAGGAUGAUGGGUCUGAUAUUAUAGCAGAAGAACAGGAAAUAGUUUUAGAUGCCAAUAAAGUAUGUGAUGUUGUUAUAGACUGUGUUCAUGAUGUUUGUAAAUUGUGGAAAGAUGAAUUGCCAGAGUUAUCUCCCCCUCAACAGUUGUUAUAUGCAUGCACACAUGAAAUCAAGAAUACUCGACGGAAGAUGGAAGAUCGACACGUCUUACUACCGGACCUCAACACAUUGUUUGAUUUAAGACAUAAUGAACGCCAGUCCUUCUAUGCUGUGUUUGAUGGCCAUGCUGGUAUUGAGGCAGCUAACUAUGCCGCUGCCCAUGUACCUUACCAUUUUGUACAGAGCAGUGCAUUCCCCAAGGAUCCAGAGGGAGCGCUAAAAGCUGCAUUCAAAUCAACAGACGAAAAAUUUAUUGUCAAAGCAGUUAGAGAGAGGAUAAAGAGUGGAUCAACGGGAGUUUUAGCUUUUAUAGACAAAAAUAAACUACAUAUAUCCUGGGUCGGUGAUUCUCAAGCUGUUCUUGUGAAGAAUGGACGACCAGUCACAGUUAUGAAUCCACAUAAACCAGAAAGAGCGGAUGAGCGUGUUAGAAUACAAAAUCUUGGUGGUUAUGUUUUAAACAUGGGUGGAGUCUGGCGAGUAAAUGGCAUGUUGUCCGUGUCAAGAGCCAUAGGAGAUUUAGCUCAGAAGAAAUUUAUCAGCAGUGAUGCAGAUGUGACCACUGUCGAUUUAGAUGGGACAGAAGAUUAUCUAAUUUUAGCAUGUGAUGGAUUAUGGGAUGUUGUCAAUUUUGAUAAGGUGGUUCAAAUUGUAUAUGAAUAUGUUCAAUCAGUCAACGGAGAGUUGAGUGGGUUAGCUAAACAUCUUGUCUUAACAGCAAAGGAUUUAGGAUCCAGUGAUAACAUAACUGUAACUGUUGUUUUCUUUAAGCCUGAUAUUAGUCCGCCUCAAAUACCUCAGUUGUUUAAUUUCGGCAUAUCAGAAUCUCAGGGAAAAACCGAUUCAAACGAUAAUGCCAGUCCCAGUUCAGAUGGUAAGGGAAAUAACUCUGAUAAGUCUCAAAGUUCUAAUAACCAAUCAGAUAGCACCUCAGGGAAAGCACCAACAGACAGUAAUGAGACUUUAGAUAUUGAACAAUCAGAAUUUAUAUCUACUGACUUUUUUGCUGGUUCUCUUCUAAAGAAACCAGUAUUAAUGAGAAAGGAACCAGUAUUUAUCAUUGAUAGUACUAUGGACAAACAGAAACAGCCAUUUGUGCCAUCACCAAUGAAAUUAGAGUCUCAGCAUAGCACUAUAAUGGGAUUUCGACAACAGUUUGAAACUAUUUCAGUAACUGAUUUGAGAGAUCAUUUAGUGGGUUCACCUUCAAAAAACCACCACAAAAUGGAUGUUACCAGUACUGAAGUAGAGGUUACACAUGUGCCCACAAAAGUAGAAGUAGAGGUUACACAUGUGCCCUCAAAAGUAAACAAUGAUCAUGUUACCAGGUCAGAAAACCAUGAUACAAAGGAAAAUAUAUAUGAAUCUGAACAAAGCUCACUUCACUCAGGGUAUACUGUGACUUCAAAGCAUUCUGAACCAUAUUUUAACCAAUCUAUCUUUUCCCCGCGGAAAAAUCAUCAUAGUCACAGAAGGAGAAAGAAAGACCAUGAACAGCAUGAAUCUUCACAACUAAGUAAACGUAGCAGACGGCAACGGGAGUUAUCUCCCAUUAUAUGGAAUUUCACCGGCAUCACUAAGCCUUCGGUUCACAAUUAUAAAAUGAAUUAUGGAAAAACCUCAACAUUUGCAACUCCACGAUAUUCACUGCAUUCUCAGUUAAGUGAAACACCAAUAACUGUACGCCAAUCUUUGCCAGACCUUUCUGUUUCAGGGAUUGAUAAAUACAAGUCGUCAAGGACAUUUCAAGAUUUCCGUCAAAGAGAUUCUGGAACUUAUUCAGUGAGUCAGUUCAUUGAUAUGAGCCCUAGUCGAACAGUUGCCCAUGUAUCAAAAUCAGAUACAUCUCUUCAAAAGCUGCCUAAGAUUAAAGUCAAUGGCACUCAAUCUGAUCCACAUUCCAGUACCAAGUUCUCAUCUACGUGGAAACCAAAAAGACACGGGAAAAUGAUCAGUGGAAAUAUGUCUGAUGCCCCUCCUACACCUUUAGAUAAUCGUAGACUUCUUCAGGAUAGACAAAACUGAUAAAAGAAAUACACAACUCAAACACAUACAUGUAAAUACUUUUCUCAGGAUGCUGUGUUGAAAUUUGAGUGCGCUUAGUUGGAACUCAUUUUAUCGAUUUUAUUUUAAAAUAUUGCUGUGGGACUAUGUGCAGAAGUUUUUGCAUAUUUUGGUGAUGUUUAAUUAUUAUAUGUACUUGUAAGAUGGUUAACUCACAUUAUUACUGUUUUUUUUUUGUCUCAUUUGUAUGUAUUUAUCAAGUAUAUUAAGUAAGAUAUCUUUACACAUUUAUGCAAUUUUAUUUUGAUGUAAUUUGAAAGUAUACUGUAGAUAUUUUUGAGAUAUUGGUGCAUAAACGUUUCCUGCCGGGGUGGAACUGUGCAUCAAAUUUCAAUGCACCUUUUACAUCAAUUGUUGAUGUAUGCAAACUAUUUAUGUGGGGGUGGGGGUAAUUUUUGUACAUUCUAUGUGAUCACGAAAUUAUCAAGGAAGAAUUUUGUUGUGUGUAUGAAGGCACUUAAUUUUAUAUCAUGAAACAUUCAGUUGAUUAAUUCAAGUCUUGUUUAGUAGAUUUUAUAAAUGCUUUUGUUAUGAACCAAGAGAUUUUAUUUUAAUUGACUCUUUUGCUGGUAUAAAUUUUCAUUUUUAUCAAAAUGAGAUGAAAAUGGAUUUGGAAAAAGAAAGGAAAAAUUUUGUUUAUAAGAAAAUAUUUUGGCUCAUUUUACAUGUAUUGCUUUUCAAUAUAAAUUUACUUAAUCUUAUUCUUAAGGUGGUACCUAACACUUCAGGGAGAUAACUCUGUAAAAAUCAGCUAAACGUUUUAAUUACGUUGUAUUGUUAAGGAAAUAUUAAGCUUCUCAAUGAUCAAAAUUAGUGUUUGUCAAACUGCUAUAUAACCAAUGAAAUUUUUCUGAUUAAGUGGUUGGUUCAAAUUUUUUGAAAUUUUUAUAUUUUUGUCAAAGGGUCAAAGUAAUCAUUUUGUCAAAAUGUUAUGAAAAUUAAACGAGCCAAAUUAAUAUUAGUCAAGGUGUUGGGUACCACCUUAAGAGUUAUUUUGUAGGAUCAAAAUAGUUGAUGUGUAAUCUAAAAAGUGUUAUGGAAGUGUUCAUAAUUUGAUAUUUCAGUGUAAUGGAAUAUUAAGUUUUAUGUAUAACUAGUUUUUAUUCAUCGAUCAUACCAAAUCAAUGUAAAAUUUCUAUUUUAAUGACGAAAUUACCAAAGAUUUGUGAUUUAAAUUUUUAAAGAUUUUUCAUCAUUUAUUCACAAUUCAGCAAUCACAAUUCAUUAUUUAUUUAAAAUGGAGAAAACAGGUUUGACAAUACUUACUUUUAGCAGUAAAUUUAAUUGCAUUGGUUCCCAGUUUUAGAAUUCAAGAAAAAACUGAUAAAAGAGAUUUAUUGGCACCAUGGAUUCAUUACCUUUCAUGGAAAAACCCCCAGAGAGAACCACAGCCUUUGGCAGAAAAACUGGUCCCUCAAUAUUAGAUAUGCAUUAUUUUUACUCCAGAUAUUUUAAAUUUUCUUUUUUUGUAAGAUUAAUUUUAAGGUAACAAGAAUCAUCUGUAUUUGUAGUACUUGGCAAUUUGUUGAUAUGUGAGAAAUACUAUUUGUCAAGUUUUUGUGGGAAAAUUUUCAGAGGCGUUUUCAGUUGUGAUUUAUAAUGCAAAGUUUAAUUUUGAAAUUGAAAUUUUUAUUUUAUAAUAUUUUAUCUUGUCUUUGAUACAGAUUUAAUACAAGCCAUAAAUCAGAUAAUGCCAUGGCUCAUCUGUAAGUGUCAAUGCUUCUUUCUUGUGCCAUAUUGUCUGAAGAAAAUUUGUAUAUUUUUGAAAUACUGUAAAAUGUUCAUACUUCUGACUAGGUUCCUUUCAGACAGUGUCCUUAUGAUAUACUAUUGAUAUUAGGUAUACAGCCUCAGUAGCUUCUUUAAUUUGAUAUAGAAAUAAGAAGAUGUGGUAUAAUUGCCAAUGAGACAACUCUCCACCAGAGACCAAAUGACACAGAAGUUAACACCUUACAGCCUUCAACAAUGAGCAAAACCCUUACCACAUAGUAAUUUGAGUUGGACACAGUUAAUAAGGCCCCUUUCCCUAAUUACAAUAUAUGCUCUAGAGAUAUUGCAAUUGUUACAUUGUAAGAAUAUUUGUUGAUCCUCAUGCACUUAAAAAGAAGUAUUUUUGAAUGAAAUGCUGUUGCAUUAUCAUCAGUGCAUUAUGAACUAGGCAUUUCAAUUUGAAACAGACUGAGAUUAUUCCCCUUUCUUAAACAUGAAGAAUUUUGUUUUGUUAUUGGGCUGCUGCUGUCUUAUUUAUCCAAUACCUCCUAUUACUUGUAUGCCUCAUUGACUUCAGGUGACCUCUUGAUUUCAGCAGUGUUGCAGUCAUUCAAUUGCUUUUUGCAAGUAGAUGGGAUAUCUCUAUUUUUAACUUUAAAGCAGACUGGACAUUUCUCCAUGAUGACAUGUUUAAAUGUACAUGUAUACAUAUAUGAAUAUAUAUGUAGUCAAUCUUUUUUUAACAGUUCAUGAAGAAGUAAGAGUUAAAAAUUUAAUCAUACAAAUUAACCAAGUAUGAUACAUGUAGUGGUUGAAGAACUAUAGAUUUUUAUGUAUAAUGUUUGAAGAACCAAUAUUUUUUUGUGUAUAGUGUGUAUUAAAGAACCAUAGAUUUUAAUGUCUAGGCCAGAUACAUGUCAUUUUACUGUAAAUGUACAUAUGUAAACAUGUGUCAAUUAUUAUUACUAUUUUUGUAUAUUCAUUAUAAGGUAUACAUAUUUAUGUGUAAACAUAUGUUCAUUUGGUGCAAUCUUUGAUUUUCUCAUAUACAUGCAAUGGUCUUAUACAUGUAUGUUUGGUAUAUUGUAUGGGAUUUUUUUGGGUUUUGUUAGGGGAUGAGGUAAUUUAUUUUUAUACGCCCGUUUACGGGACGUAUUAUGGUAUACCGUUGUACGUCCGUCUGUCCGUCCGUCUGUCCGUCCGUCCGUCCGUCCGUCGUCAACACGUCGGACAUUAACUCAAAAACGCUGUAACCAAUUUGCUUAAAACUUUGGUGAAUUGUUUAUAUCUAUUGACAUGAGCUCCCUUUCGUUUUUUAUAAAUUUUAGAUUUUAUGUUUCCGAGUUAUGGGGUUUUAUUCAUUAAAAAAAGGGGGAUUUUCCAGUUUUCGGACAAUAACUCAAGAAUGCUUUCACCAACUUGCAAGAAAUUUUGGUUAAUUGUUUAUAUCUAUUGACAUGAGCUCCCUUUGGAUUUUUAUAAAUUUUAGAUUUUACGUUUCCGAGUUAUGGGGUUUUAUUCAUAAAAAAAAGGGGGAUUUUCCAGUUUUGGGACAAUAACUCAAAAAUGCUUUCAGCAGUUCUCAUGAAACUUUGAUGAAACGUUGAUAUCUAUUGAUGUAAGCUCCCUUUAGAAUUUUAUAAAUUUUAGAUUUUACAUUUCUGAAUUAUGGGGUUUAUUCAUUAAAAAAGGGGGGAUUUUCCAGUUUUCAGACAAAAACUCAAAAAUGCUUUCAGCAAUUCGUAUGAAACUUUGGUGAACUGUUUAUAUCUAUUGAUGUAAGCUCCCUUUAGAAUUUUAUAAAUUUUAUUUGUUUAUAGUCUGACAACAGAUUUACUAAGUAUUGCGCAACAGCACAGUGUAUUGCACAACAGCAAGAAAUCUUUAAUUGAAUAUAAAUUCAAUUCAUAUAACCAACUUCAAGUUCUUUGACUACAUUUAUUCAGAAACCUAUGAUAGAUGUAUGUCAAAUAUUUAAUUACAAUCCAAAUUCAGACCUGUAUCAAGCUUGAAUAUUGUGUCCAUUUUUGCCCCAACUGUUCAGGGUUAGACCUCUGCGGGCGUAUCCAGCUGCGCUCAGCGAAGCAGUUUAUUUCAGUUUUCUAAGUUUUUGAUAUUUUAGUCAGCCCAAAGGCUCUAGGCCUACAAAUUUCCUGAAUAUAUCCUAGUUAUGGAACAGGCCCCAAGUGUUUCCCUUAGAUGGUUUAUGCAUUUUAGUCAGUCUGCCAGCAUUAAUUAAGACCCCAUCCUUAAUCCUUAUAAGUCGAUAUUUGCCCCAUCUUUUAAAAUUCAUGACUACCAUCCUUUCAGUCAAUCCCCCAUUCUUCAAAAAAAAAUCUAAGGAAAACACUGGCGCUGCCUGGAUUUCAUUGUUAAAACUCUUUAAGCCCAAAGGAUUUCCAGGAAAAAUUUCAGACUCUUUAGUUCAUUUAUAUGUUUUGGAGUUUAGUGUGACGUCCAUUUUCACUGAACUAGUACACAAUUUUAUUUAGGGGCCAGCUGAGGACCACCUCCGGGUGCGGGAUUUUCUCGCUGCGUUGAAGACCCAUUGGUGGCCUUUGGCUGUUGUCUGCUCUUUGGUCGGGUUGUUGUCUCUUUGACAUAUUCCCCAUUUCCAUUCUCAAUUUUACUUGCAGUUUUCUUUGUUGUUAUGUACUUUAUACAUAAGGUACAAUUCAAAAUCAUAUUUUGCCUCCUAUUGCACCACUGAAAAGUUUUGUAUUUGGACAUUUACAAAAAGAAAAUUGUUUUUGUCCUUAUAUUUGACCUUUAGGUUUCGUAAAUAUUAAGACAAGGAAUAUUUGAUCUUUAUUGGAAAUCUAUCAUGAAGAAGCCUCUCAUUAGAUUGCCUUCACACAAGUCUUCUCUUUGGCCUAAAGUUAAAAAAGAGUGAUGAAAGUUGUCAACCUUUUAUUCUUUUGUACUGUGAAUUAUUUAUUAUUCGUGGUAUACCAAUUUAGGGGAUUUUAGGGACAUAGGUUAACAGCAAAUUUAUAUGUGCAACUAAGUAAACAUUUUAUUUAGGAUUGUAUUGAGAUUUCAGAAAAAUCACUAAAUCCAAUAUCCACACAAAAUGCAAAUUUUCCUCAAUCCAUGAUAGAUGAAAAUCGGUGCAAGACUUUGGCAAAACCAUGAAAUCAAAUAUCCAUGAAAAUACAAUUGUUCCCUAAUCCAUGAAAAUUGGUUCCUUGGAAAAAGAAAUAAUCCACAGUAUUUUGUUUGUUUUCAGUUUUGAUGUGUGCAUAUUUUUAUUAUGAAGGGAUAUAUUUGGUGGUCUUCAGUAUAAGUUCCCUAAUUUUAUAAAUUGUGAAAAAAAAUGAAAUUUAAAACACAUUUUACCGAUCUUGUGGUUAAGGUUGGUCAUAGUGUAUUAUUUCACUACAACCCAGAUAUAUAUAUAUCUUUUAGACAGCUAUACCCAAAAAUGUCAUUUAAUCAUUGCAAAAAUAUUUAUUCAUUAUUUGAUUUUUUGUUAAAAAGAUGUUUGUUUUUGUUGUUUUGUUGUUGAGGGGUUUUCGUGAGAAAAAAUCUGGUUAUGGGUACAGAAAACCAUAAGUUUUAGUCAUCCAUUUAAUUUAUUUUCAGUUUGUUUAACCAUAAUUGCCUAUUUCAUUGAAAACAUAUGAUUCAAAUUCAUUAGCUUUGGGAAUUCUUUUCUUUUAAUGAAUUUAUAAGAUGUUUUCUUUGAGCCUGAUGACCAUAAUAUAGGUACAAAAACGUGUCCAUUAAAUAAUCUUGUUUUUUUUGUGUAAAUAUUGUUAUAGCCUCAGACGGCCGGAGAAUAGAAUGGGCAAGAAUUGAAGUGCAACCCUGUAUACCCAUGGUGUCCACUUCAGAAUUUGCCAAGCAAAAACUUGCCAAGUAAAGGUUCUUCCUUUUUUUGUAUAUUAUUAUUUUUACAUAGUAUUACAUACCAAUGUAUAUUUAAGCAUAUUAUUUCUGUUUGAAUACGAUUAAAAAAAAAAACUUGAUAUUUUUUAUAUUGCAAAUGUUUUGCAAUUGAUGAAAAAUCUACCACAGAAACAUAUACAAAUGAUAAAUUAUGAUACAAAAUAAUGUAAUAUUUUUGUAGUUUCUAAUGACCCAACUUUAAAGGUUAUCUAUAUUUUUUACCAAUAAUUGUUUUCAAUUUUAUCUUAAGUUUUUUUGUAGCUAGUUUUUUUUUUACUGUCAAGUUUAAGCAUGUCCCUCUUGUUUGAGAUUUGUAUCAAUCAUUCAAAAUAUAGAAGUCCCUGUCUUAUAUGGUCACUACAAUUUAGGGAUUUGAUUUUAACAUAGUCACCUAAGUUUUUUAUUGUCCUCAAAUAUCGAUUAUGUGAUAUAGUAAGAUUAGAAAUUUAUGCUUAUCUGGACUGAAGGAAUGUUUUCAUGGACCAAACGGGUCUAAUGUAGGUAUUUUAUGCUUAUCUGGCCCGAAGGAAUGUUUUCAUGGACCAAACGGGUCUAAUGUAGGUAUUUUAUGCUUAUCUGGCCUGAAGGAAUGUUUUCAUGGACCAAAUGGGUCUAAUGCAGGUAUUUUAUGCUUAUCUGGCCUGAAGGAAUGUUUUCAUGGACCAAACGGGUCUAAUGUAGGUAUUUUAUGCUUAUCUUGCCUGAAGGAAUGUUUUCAUGGACCAAACAGAUCUAAUGUAGGUAUUUUAUGCUUAUCUGACCUGAAGGAAUGUUUUCAUGGACCAAACGGGUCUAAUGUAGGUAUUUUAUGAUUAUCUGGCCUGAAGGAAUGUUAAUAACAGUUGCUUAAUCUGUCAUUCGCUGUAGAUUUUAACAAAAUACUCACCUCUUAAAGUCUAAAACAGACAUUUUGAUAAAUAUCUUUAUUUUCCAACAGCCAUUGAAUAUGUACACCUUUGAUUGAUAGAAAAUACCAAAAAUAUUUUAUGAAUUAGAAGAAAAAGUUUAUAUCUCAACAACCUUUACUGUAAAAAGAGAAAUUUUUUGCAGCAGUUUUAUUUUUGCUAUUUUCCCUUUAAAGUUUGAAACACGAAAAUAAAACUACAGUAAUUGUUUCAUGGGAAUUUAAAUGAUAUGACUAAGACUGUUUAUAAAUAAUACCACAAAAAUAACAAAUUUUAAGUGAUGCAAAUUUGAAUUUUUGAAAAGAUGGCGCAAAAAAUUUCCCAGUUUACAGUAUGGGAGUUGAUAGAGUUGUGAUUCUGUUUUUAGAAUUAUAUUUUGACAACCACUUAAAUCUUUGAGGUGAUAAUAUUUAUACAUUCUUUUAUGGAGCUUUGAAAUAUUGCUUUUUCUGGGAGUUAGUCAAGAAGAAAGAUAUUCUCUUUUUAUUGUGAAGUAGGUCAUGCUGAUGCUCAAAGCAUUCAACCACUUUUAUAGCGUGUCUACAUAAAUAAUUUUAAGAAGUGUACAGGGUAGAUAUAUAACCCCUUAUUGUCCAUUUGUAUUUAAAAAAAAUAUAGUCCCCUUAUUUGAUUUUUUUUAUAAUGCACAUAGACAGUAAUCAGCUAUAUAUCUGGUCUUGCGGUCAUAAAUAUUUUGAGCAUAAUUAUUGUGCUCGGACUCAGAAAUCAACCAAUCAAAAGACUGUAUUUGGUGUUUCGUGCACAAAUUUUGUACACUAAGCAUUGAGUAAAGUUUUAUGACUGAGGGCCCUGAUCUGGAAUAAACCACCUGUGCACAUGACCCUAUAAGGCAGUGACUUGUAUGUGUUAGUAGGUUACCUUUAUACUUAAGUUUUUGUUAAGAUCACUUUAUGAUCGGUUAUAUUAUUGUUGCAUUUAUUAUAUAUAAUACUCCAACAUUAUCCAAGUUUUGUAUCAGGAAUAAACUAUCACAAAUA